AUGGGAAACCGAGCAGUUUUGGUUGAUUCUGGAGGUGAUCUUGUGUACACGAGUGAACGAGAGAAGCUUUGGACACUUAGGUUUCUCUGGUUUAUGCCAAGCACUAGAAGUUCAGGAAAACCGUUAGUUGAUCUUGAUCCCGAAAUCGAAAGAACUUUUCACAGACAGAGAAAAAUGGCUGACGAAGCAGCGAGACUUGCUCUUGAACAGGCAGAAAGGGAUAGAAAUAGAAACGGGGAUGAACAGGGUGCAAGAGCAGCUGCGAGGGCACAAGAACAAUGGAUUCUUUUGUCCAGUUAUGCUAGGCCUAGUCUAGCGACUAUUGCUAAGGCUAUUGUUAGGCCUGACAUUACUGGAAAUUUCGAGCUGAAAGAAGGAACAGUGCGGCUGGUGCAGCAUACGUGCCAGUAUAUGGGUAAGUCUAGUGAAGACCCGCAUAAGCACUUAAUGCAGUUUAUGGAGUUGAGCGAGAAUUUCCAAUAUAGAGAUGUUCCCGAUGAUUAUGUGAAGCUGUCCUUAUUUCCGUUCUCACUGAUUGGCGAAGCGAGGGAAUGGUUGACGAAUCUGCCUGCAGGUUCUAUCACUUCUUGGGAGAUAUUAUCAAAUAAGUUUAUCGACAGGUUUUUCUCACCCAAGAAAACAAAGGAGCUGCGAGGAAGAAUUGCUAAUUUCACUCAGAGAGAUUCUGAAUCUCUACCACAUGCUUGGGAAAGGUAUAAGGGCUAUUUGCGAGAUUGCCCACAUCACAUGCAGCCAAAGGAGAUCAUUGGAAACUAUUUUGUAGAAGGUCUUAACCAUGAAUCAAGGGCCUUGUUGAAUGCUUCAGCUCAAGGGCAGAUCUUAAACAAAACAUAUGAAGAGAUGGAAGCUCUCCUUGAGAUGAUGUCUGAGGGUCAUCAUGAGUAUCAUGAGACUAGCCGGGGGUUACCACAGAAAGCUGUUGGGGUUCUUCAAGUUGAUGAUGUUGCAGCUAUUCGAGCUGAUAUAAGUACUCUUACUAAUGUUAUGUUGAGGGCGUUUCCUCAAGCUCAGCAGAUUCAACCAGUCCAACAUAUUCAGCAGGCAGCAUGUGUAAGUUGUGGUGAGCCUCAUGAUUAUAGCAAUUGCCCAUUGAAUCCAGAGUCUGUCUAUUUUGUGGGGCAGCAGAACCGUGGUAUUGGAAAUCGGGGAAACUAUUAUGGAAAUAAUUACAACACUCCAUUUGGGAAGCAGGAUUUCCACAAGCCGAACAAUUAUCAGCAACCUCAAGCUCAGCCAGCUAGCAAUUUAGAAGAGAUGAUGAAGCAGCUCAUAGCUCAAAAUCAAGUGACGCAGCAGCAAAAUCAGAAAGUUCAGAGUGAGAUGCAGAAAUCUAUUCACGAGCUUGAGCGUCAGAUGGGGCAGAUGGCUCUUAUGCAGAAUGUCAGACCACCGGGUGCUCUUCCUAGUGAUACUGAGAAGAAUCCAAAAGAGUGCAAGGCAGUCACCUUGAGGAAUGGCAGAGAGCUUGAAGAAGUGCCUCCGAAAAAGAAGAACAUAGCAGAGGCAGAACUUAUCCCUGCUAAGCGAGCUGAACCAAAGCAGACAGUCGCAGAGCAACAUGUAGAGGAAGUGGUUCGACCACCCCCUCCCUUUCCACAGCGACUUCAGAAACAGAAAGCAGAUUCGGCUUGCAAGAAAUUUCUUGAACUCUUAAAACAGGUACACAUCAACAUACCUUUGGUGGAGCUUUUGCAAGAAGUUCCAAAAUAUGCUAAGUAUAUCAAAGAUGUGGUUGCGAACAAAUGGCGUUGGACAGAGUUUGAGACUGUUGCACUUACUGAGGAGUGCAGUUCUAGAGUGAGGAGUAAAAUUCCUCCAAAGUUGAAAGAUCCGGGCAGCUUCACAAUUUCGAUUACUAUUGGCAACAUUGAAGUUGGGCUAGCAUUGUGUGAUUUGGGUGCUAGUAUUAAUCUGAUGCCCACCUCUGUGUUCCGAACGUUGGGCUUGGGUGAGCCUAGGCCAACCACUAUUACGUUGCAACUAGUUGAUCGAUCUCUUGCUUAUCCUGAUGGUAUUAUUGAGGAUGUUCUUGUGAAGGUAGGCCCAUUUAUUCUGCCGGUUGAUUUUGUGAUACUUGAUUAUGAGGCAGAUAAGAGUGUUCCUCUCAUCAUGGGGAGAGGAUUCUUGGCUACUGUUGAUGCUGUGAUCCGAGUGAAAGAUGGGAAGAUGUCCAUGACAGUUGAUGGACAAGAGGCGACUUUUGAUGUGUUUAAAGCUACCAAGCUUCCAGCCCAUUAUGAGGAGUUGAAGAUGAUUUCCGUGGUGGAGCCCGAGCUCACUAAUGCAGAGUUAGAUCACUUUCUAGCUUCGCGAGAUCCUUUGGAGACAGCUUUGGUGUAUGGGGAGGAUUUGAUGAUUGAUGCAGAAGUCGAGGAGUGUCUUAGCAUUCUUGACACUUCAUGUGCUUAUCUACGAGCAAACACACCGUUUGAGGAGCUAGACAGACCAGAGUCAUGGAAGAAGCCGAAACCAUCUAUUGAAGAGGCUCCAGUUCUUGAGUUGAAGCCAUUACCCCCUCAUCUUCGCUAUUCAUUCCUGGGCAGUGGAGACACAUUGCCUGUAAUCCUCUCUGCUUAUUUGACUGAUGUGCAGGUUGAACGUGUGUUACGAGUGCUAAGAGAUCGAAUCCGAGCCCUUGGGUGGACGAUAGCUGAUAUUCGAGGUAUUAGUAGUUCGUUUUGCAUGCACAAAAUCUUAUUGGAGGAAGACAGCAAGCCUAGUGUUGAAUGCCAGAGACGACUAAACCCGAUCAUGAAGGAGGUGGUGAAGAAAGAGGUAAUCAAGUGGCUUGACAGCUGCAUUAUUUAUCCCAUCUCUGACAGCAAAUGGGUAAGUCCUGUACAAUGUGUUCCGAAGAAAGGGGGCAUGACUGUAGUAGAGAAUGAGAAGAAUGAAUUGGUGCCUCAACGAACUGUUACUGGUUGGAGAAUAUGCAUUGACUAUCGCAAGUUGAACAACGCCACCAGAAAAGAUCACUUUCCUUUGCCCUUCAUGGAUCAGAUGCUCGAUAGAUUGGCUGGGCAUGAUUAUUAUUGCUUCUUGGAUGGCUAUUCGGGCUACAACCAGAUCAUGAUUGCACCUGAGGAUCAAGAGAAGACCACAUUCACGUGUCCAUAUGGUACGUUUGCAUUCCGGAGGAUGCCUUUCGGUUUGUGCAAUGCUCCAGGUACUUUCCAGCGAUGUAUGAUGGCUAUUUUCACCGAUAUGGUGGAAAACUAUGUGGAGGUAUUUAUGGAUGACUUCUCUAUUUUUGGGGAUUCUUUUGAUGACUGCUUGAACCAUCUUGAUGCCGUGUUAGCUCAGGUUGACAAGGCAAAGAUUGAAGCAAUUGAAAAAUUGCCACCACCCGUUUCAGUUCGGGAGUGCGUGCGCGAUUUUCUUGGGCAUGCAGGCUUCUAUCGACGGUUCAUCAAAGACUUCUCUAAAGUUGCUAAUCCAAUGUGCAAGCUUUUAGAGAAAGAUGUGAAGUUUGUGUUUAAUGAAGCCUGUCUGAUGGCUUUUGAUGAGUUGAAACAGAGGUUAGUGUCUGCUCCUAUUAUCAUCGCACCCGAUUGGUCUCUGCCGUUUAUUUUGAUGUGUGAUGCAAGUGAUUUUGCUGUGGGAGUUGUCCUUGGUCAGAAAAGGGACAAGAUUUUUCAUCCUAUUUACUAUGCCAGCAAGACACUUGAUGCAGCCCAGAUGAACUAUACUGUCACAGAGAAGGAGUUAUUGGCGGUUGUCUACGCCUUUGACAAAUUCCGAUCAUAUCUUGUGGGCACGAAGGUGAUUGUAUAUACUGAUCACACUGCAGUUCGUUAUUUGUUUGCGAAGAAGGAUGCAAAGCCGAGGCUUAUUCGUUGGGUGUUGCUGCUGCAAGAGUUUGACAUCGAGAUUCUUGACCGAAAGGGCACAGAAAAUCAAGUAGCAGAUCACUUAUCGAGAUUGGAAGAUCGGGAACAUGUAGAUGAAGCAGUGGCGAUUAAGGAGACUUUUCCUGAUGAACAACUCUUUGCUCUUCAAUCAGCUGAGGUGCCAUGGUAUGCAGACAUGGUGAACUUUAUAGUAAGUGAGAUUUAGCCCCCCCCCUCCCCCCUCGGUGCUAAUCACGAGAAGAAGAAGCGGAUUUUGCAUGAUAGUCGUUUCUAUGUAUGGGAUGAACCCUAUCUCUACGGGUUGGCACGGAUCACCGAUAGAAGGUGUAUUCCAGAGGAAGAGGUCCCCGCGAUUCUUGAGAACUGCUAGAGAACCGAAAAUAUCUCCAAGCGUCAUGAAAUGCCUUUGAAGGGCAUCUUAGAGAUUGAACUAUUUGAUGUGUGGGGUAUCGACUUCAUGGGUCCCUUCAUACCGUCCAAGGGGAAUAAGUACAUAUUGGUUGUUGUAGACUAUGUCUCGAAGUGGGUGGAAGCCAUUGCACUUCCCACCAAUGAUGCUAGUGUGGUGGCAAGAUUUUUGAAAAAGAACAUUUUUACAAGGUUUGGGACCCCUCGAGCCAUCAUCAGCGAUCAAGGUACGCACUUUUGCAAUCGACUCUUUGAUAAAUUGUUGCUCAAGUAUGGGGUGAAACACAAGAUAGCGACUGCUUAUCAUCCUCAGACGAGUGGUCAAGUGGAGGUAUCGAACAGAGAAAUCAAGAGGAUUUUGGAAAAGACUAUGAGCGUGAGUAGGAAAGAUUGGUCACUGAAGCUCGAUGAUGCUCUGUGGGCAUACAGAACAGCUUACAAAACUCCGAUUGGCACAUCUCCCUAUAAGCUCGUCUUUGGUAAGGCAUGUCAUCUACCAGUUGAGCUCGAGCAUAGAGCAUAUUGGGCGAUCAAGAAGCUGAAUCUAGACAUGGUUCAAGCUGGAGAAAAGAGACUGUUGCAGCUGCACGAGUUGGAGGAAUUUCGCUAUCAUGCUUAUGAAAACGCGAAAAUGUACAAGGAGCGAACUAAGAGAAUUCAUGACAAGCACAUCCAAUCUCGUGACUUUGAGCCUAGGCAGUUAGUCUUGCUGUAUAACUCUAGGCUGAAGAUUUUUGGUGGAAAGUUGAAGAGUAAGUGGUCUGGGCCAUUCGAGGUAGUUCGUGUGACCGCACAUGGAGCGGUUGAGCUAAAGAAACCCAACUCGGAUGAGACAUUCCUGGUGAACGGGCAGAGAGUGAAGCAUUACUACGGGGAGGCCACUGACCGCGCGAGGUCCUCCAUCGAUCUAGAAGAGGCUUGAGAAAAGCCUACGUCGUGCCGCGACGUUAAAUCAAGCGCUUCUCGGGAGGCAACCCGUGUAAAAAAAAUGAAAAAUGAGAAAAAUACA